AUGUCUUUGAUAUGGCCUUAUAGUGCUAGGUCCGGUGUUAUCUUGUUGAACAAGGAAGGAUCAACGAUUCAAAAGCUCCACUUUGGAGAGAAGACCCUUGAUCAAAUGCGGGACAAAGCUUUGGCAAAGUGGCAGGACAUUGAGGCAACGGCUGGUCGCAACCAAGUGCGUGCAUGGCUGGAUACCCUUGAGGACCAUGGAUAUGACCGAGAGAAGUCACGCAAGCAUAUAUCAGAGAAUGCGCCACCAAUUGGGUCAUACCAGAAGCUUUGGGCCUACCUUGUAACCGCAAUCGAGGAGUUCCCCGAAUCCGACAGCAGCAAGAGCUAUUCCGAGUCCACGGCGAUAUCUUCAUUCAUUCUGCCGUUGUGCAGAGCUUUCAUGAGCAUGCCCAACAAGAGAGUCAUCUUGAAUUUUAUUGACUCAACAACUGCAUCAGGACGAUUGCGAAACAGUUCCAGUAGUCGUAAAGAGCCAGAUCUCGCUCUUGAGAUCAAGGAUCGCACAAACAAGACCAUUUGCGAAGUAGGGAUUGGGGAGGUGACCUCCCAUGCGCAAAAGGGCCACAAGAAGAAAAACGCCAAGGAUUUGGUUCGAGUGGGGCUCUCUUUGAAGGACGCCUUGGACUUCAUCCAGGACAAGUAUGGCGUUCACGACGCUCUUCUUGUCGGAUGGCAAGUCAUUGGACAAACCAUGGCAAUAUAUCUCAUGUUCAAGUGCGGAAAUCUGUAUAUCAUGGUCCAUGUACGCGACGUUACGAUCCCCGAUAACCUGACAGAACUUGGCAUAAUCAGCACCCAGUUCAAGAUCUAG